AAUAAUCAUAUUUAUAAAAUCCUCCACUCGUUCCUCCUAUCUAAAUCCCUGACCGCAUUCUCUCUCUCUAAGAAAUCAAACCCUGUUUCUCUCUUUCUCGCUCCUCCCCUUAUAUAUUCCUCUCUUUUCAUUAUCACAGCACAGAAAUUACGUGCUUGUUUGGAUUAGGGGGAGAGGGAGUAGAGAAGAGAAAGAAACACAGGGUUUGUCAAUUCAAUCAAACGGUUCAACAUUUUUUAAUUCUUAUCUUCAAACACCUACAAAAACAUGGCGGUGACCACUCCCUCCCUCACCGCUACAGAAAAGAAACACUGGUGGCUCACUAACCGUAAGAUUGUUGAGAAAUACAUCAAAGACGCUCGUAGCUUAAUAGCGACGCAAGAACAAAACGAGAUCGUUUCGGCUUUGAAUCUUCUAGAUGCGGCUUUGGCUAUAUCUCCGCGAUACGAUCAAGCGCUUGAGCUAAAAGCGAGGUCGUUGCUUUAUCUACGAAGAUUCAAAGAUGUAGCAGAUAUGCUACAAGAUUACAUUCCGAGUUUGAGAAUGGCGAAUGAAGAUCCUUCAUCCGUUUCUUCUGAUAGUUCUUCGAGGGAAGGAGUGAAGCUUCUUUCUUCUGAUUCAUCACCGGUUCGAGAUCAGAGUUUUAAGUGUUUUUCCGUUUCUGACCUUAAGAAGAAGGUUAUGGCUGGUUUAUGUAAAAGUUGUGAUAAAGAAGGGCAAUGGAGAUACUUGGUUCUGGGUGAAGCAUGCUGCCAUUUAGGACUAAUGGAAGAUGCAAUGGUUCUUCUCCAAACUGGAAAACGAAUUGCCAGCGCAGCAUUCCGGCGAGAGAGUGUUUGCUGGUCCGAUGACAGUUUUCCUCUAUCAACCAUCCCCCUCGCUGGAGACACCACAAACCAACCACCCACCACACCACCGCGAGUCCCUCUCAACUACACAGAAGGCGUAACACAACUCCUCACACACAUCAAAUUCCUCCUCCGCCGACGCACAGCAGCACUCGCUGCCCUCGACGCCGGUCUCUACUCAGAAGCCAUCCGCCACUUCUCAAAAAUUGUGGAUGGUCGCCGCGCAUCCCCUCAAGGAUUCCUUGCUGAAUGCUACAUGCACAGAGCCACCGCACACCGUUCCGCUGGUCGAAUCGCAGAAUCCAUAGCCGAUUGUAACCGAACCCUUUCCCUCGACCCAACAUGUAUUCAAGCCUUAGAAACUAGAGCUUCACUCUUUGAAACAAUUCGUUGCUUACCAGAUGCUCUUCACGAUUUAGAACACUUAAAACUCCUCUACAAUUCCAUAUUGCGUGACAGGAAACUUCCAGGUCCUGCAUGGAAACGACACAACAUAAGAUACAGAGAGAUUCCAGGGAAACUCUCUGCUCUCACCGCAAAAAUUCAAGAACUGAAACAGAGGUUGGGUUCUGGUGAAACAACUAGUGUUGAUUACUAUGCAUUGAUUGGAGUACGACGUGGUUGUUCACGUUCUGAAUUGGAAAGAGCUCAUGUAUUGCUGUGUCUUCGUCAUAAACCAGAUAAAGCUACUAAUUUCAUGGAAAGGUGUGAGUUUGCGGAUGAACGUGAUAUUGACACAGUGAAAGAGAAAGCGAAGAUGUCAGCAUUGUUGUUGUAUAGAUUGGUUCAAAAGGGUUACACAAGUGUGAUGAGUAAUAUUUUAGAUGAAGAAGGUGCUGAGAAACAGAGGAAGAAGAAUGCUGCUGCUGCUGCAGUACAAGUAGCUGCAAUUCAAGUAAUGAAGAAAACAAAUGAAACUGAGUUGAUGAAUAAUAAUAUUAAGGUUGAAGAGACAUGUCAGUCUCAGUCUCAGAUAUCUUCUUGUAAUGUGAAUCCUGCGGUGUUUCAGGGUGUAUUUUGCCGUGACCUUGCGGUGGUUGGGAAUUUGUUAACUCAGGUGGGAUUUAAUAGACCGAUUCCGGUGAAGUAUGAAGCUUUGAGCUGCUAAUUUUGAUAUUGGAGAUGUUACAGGCAGAGGGAAUCUCUGGUUCAUUAUUGUACAAACAAAAUGCGAAAGGGUAAAAACACAUCUAGAAUGCCGGAAAAUUUUGUCACUUUUUAUCUUUUAUUAGUAAUCUUUUUUUAUUAUCUCUAUCAGAUGUACAGAUUAUUAUUAUUAUUAUUAUUAUAAGUAGUACUGGAGACUCUACUUUUGGAUUUUUGGCUCUGCCUUGCUCCUUGAACCGAUCCCUAAAUUCAAAUCUUUAAAUUUCGUAUUAAUUGAA